AUGGUAUCAGUAUCAGCACCACCAGACUUAAAGGUCCUCUGCAGGAAAUUGACAUCUUUGUCACCGCCCCAGUUGCUUCGUCAACUCCCUACGCUCAGCAACCAUGCAUUGCGCUGCAAGGAGGUGCUUUCUGCACCAAUUGAACAGAAGCCUAAGGCCGAUGCUUCGCAGACAGCCGCAUUGGUUCAUAAACUCAAGACGACAAUUACCACCUUGCUAAAUGGCAGAACUCGGGAAGGUCGACUCGUGGCCACUUGCUUGAUUAAAUCAAUUGUUGACGUGGGCGGUUGGGAGACCCUUCGAGGAACCGAGCCCUGGGUCCGUUGCCUCAUUUCUAUUGUCCAGAAAGGAGACUCCCCCGCAUCCAAGGAACUUGCCAUUGUCGCCAUUACUCGAAUCUACGUGCUCAUCAACCCUUUCCAAACCCUGGUCCGCGAAAUCGCUACCCCUUCCCUCCCCGGCUUUAUCACUGCAUGCGUACAGCUCAUUAAACAAAAGAGCCCCGAGCAGCCCCUUACUACACCAGUUGAAGUUAUCGAGACCAUCUGCGAGGCAUUUUCUACUCUUAUUCCGCUAUAUCCAACAACUUUCCGACCCUUCAGCUCCCAGAUCCGAAACUCUCUGCGCCCCUGCGUUGCCCCGACAUCUUACGACGAUCGAUACGUAACAAAAGCUCUCUCUAGCGCUAGCCGAAAGGUUGUUGUGUCUCUUCACUAUGUUGCUGCCAAGUCUACCGGAAAUGACGAAUGGGUUAAACUUCAAGACGACCUGUUGAAGGAGCUGCAUCAGACCGCUGACCAGGUGUUGCGGGCCGUGGAUGAAUCCUGGCAACCAACUGCUGGUUAUGACCGCUCUAAAGCAGCCCUAGAUGGAGAACCACGAAGAAUUGAGGCUGGACUGGAGUAUCUGCCUUCGUGGGAAGGGAUAAACGCUGGUGCUGAACGUUUGCAGGGCCUCUUCGACUACUUGGGCGACAGUCUCUCGUAUGCAACAAAGGCCACAGUAUCGGUGCCAGUUGGUGCAAUGAUGGAUGCUAUCUGUCGAAUCUGUGUCAUUACUCGUCUUACACCCAAGACGCAAACAUGGGAGCAAGCUGUUGAGACGAACCCUGGCGUCAGCCGUGACGAGAAGGAAGAUUUAUGGAGUCUCAUGGUUAGUCUUCAUAUUGCAGCCUUGAGACUUAUCCUUCGUCUUGUCCAGGUAUUAAACAAGGAUAUGACUCCUUUUAUUCCUGAUGCGCUAGACCAUCUUACACGAACAUUCAGAUCUGGUAUCAGCACCCCCGAACUUCGCUCUAUCGGCUAUGAAGUACUGAACAGCAUUCUCUCGGUUGCAGGCUGUACCAUGUCUAAGCAUACCAUUGAAAUGCUUGAUACAAUCAUGGCUGCUUGCUGUAGGGACCUACAGGAGGAUAUUGGUCUACUGAAACAACCCGAAAAGGCGGCAUCGUCCGCCAAGGAUAAGAAGACUGGCCUUCUUGCCAAUGCUGACCUCUUCCUUCAAACGAAGACUGAUAUUCAAGAAGUCGCUCCUAGUUUGGAGACAAAUCACCGUAACGCUGCUGCAUCACUUCUUACUUCACUGCUCUCUCAAAUACCCCAGGCAAACCUCAAGCCGACACUACGUGGACUCCUCGAUAAAACGGCCAUUCUAACCCACAACAAGGAUGCCAUGUACGCUAGCAUUUUGAACCCAUACAAAGACCAACGAGGCAGACUGUAUGCCAGUAUUCUCCCUUACCUAUCUCGACAGUAUCCUGAGGAUCCCAAUCUUGAGAUCUUGCGAAGCAACCUCCGCACCAGCGGCGCUGGUGCCAACGACAUGUCGGCAGCCCUCAAUCUUCUUGAUGAAGCUAAUGACGUCGAUGAUAAAGAUGAUGUAAUGGAAGAAGAAGGAGAUGCUGAGCAAGAGGAGAAGACGAAUGGCGCUUCAGAUGUACAAGCCGUAGAUCUGUCUGCCCCUAGACCGAACUUCGAAACUGCGGCAGGAGACAACCCAUUUGCAGCCACGGCAGCUGAGAGUGUAAAACCCAAUGCCUUUGGUGCUGUUGUUAGCGAUACCGCCGCCAAACGCAAGAGUGAGGAGGUGGCAGGUCAUCCCGUAGCCAAGAGACAGGAUCGUGAAACAAAGCCCGUGUCGACAGACUCUGCAGCAGAAGCUUCCAACGCUGCCGAAGAAAGCGACAGCGACGACGAAAGUGUACACUUGAAUAUGGAUUUGGAUGAUGAUGAUGAGUAA